ACGGAAGCGGAGGGGUACCGUGAGCCGACCGCUAGUGGGUCCAGGCCAUGGGGCAGCCCAGGGCUGUGGGGAGCGCGGAGGCAGCGUCCGCGCGGCUUCCUCUUGUGCUCACCGCGCUGUGGGCCGCGGCCGUGGGCCUGGAGCUGGCCUACGUGCUGGUACUGGGUCCCGGGCCGCCCCCACUGGGACCCUUGGCCCGGACCUUGCAGCUUGCGCUGGCAACCUUUCAGCUGCUCAAUCUACUGGGCAACGUGGGGCUCUUCCUGCGCUCGGACCCCAGCAUCCGGGGUGUGAUGCUGGCCGGCCGUGGUCUGGGCCAGGGCUGGGCUUACUGCUACCAGUGCCAAAGCCAGGUGCCACCGCGCAGCGGGCAUUGCUCUGCCUGCCGCAUCUGCAUCCUUCGCCGGGACCACCACUGCCGCCUGCUGGGCCGCUGCGUGGGCUUCCACAACUACCGGCCCUUCCUGUGUCUGCUGCUUCACGCCGCAGGCGUCCUGCUGCACGUCUCUGUGCUGCUGGGCCCUGCCCUGUCGGCCCUGCUGCGAGCCCACACACCCCUCCACACCGCCGCCCUCCUCCUGCUGCCCUGGCUCAUGCUGCUCACAGGUGGGGGGCCGGGGAGGCCUCCACAGAGAGGCAGAGGCCCAUUCUGGCAGAGUGUCUCUGGCGCAGUUCGCGCUGGCCUUCGUGACCGACACGUGUGUGGCGGGUGCACUGUUGUGCGGGGCUGGACUGCUCUUCCAUGGGAUGUUGCUGCUGAGGGGCCAGACCACGUGGGAGUGGGCUCGGGGCCAGCGCUCUUACGACCUGGGCCUCUCCCACAACCUGCAGGCGGCCCUGGGGCCCCGCUGGGUCCUUGUCUGGCUCUGGCCCUUCCUGGCCUCCCCGUUGCCGGGGGACGGCAUCACGUUCCAGACCACAGCUGAUGUGGGACUCAUGGCUUCCUGACUCCAGGAAGAGCCUGAGCUGUACAAGGAGUGGGGAACAGGAGAGGGGACUCAGAUAACUCCUUUCAGGCCCACCCCCAGCCUCAGAAGGGGCGGCAGGCUGGUACGCUGGUACUUGAUGCCUGCUUUCGGCAACUCCAGCCCCACCCUUAGCCUUGCCCUUGCCCAGCUUGGACUCCUAGUGUCCAGGGCUUGGGCCCUGCGGCUCUGCCUCUAUCAGUGGCCCCUGAGUACAGCGAAGGGUCUGGCAGGGGGCUGCUCGGCCUGCCCAGCUGCCCCUUUGCCAGGUUAAUAAAGUGCCCACUUGGUUCUUGGACUCCCUCCGUCUCUGUGGGUUUCUGGACCUUCACUGUUUCCAGGGUUGCUGUUUUUGGUUCCUCUGAUUGGCAGGCCUGGGAACCACAGAAUGCCUGAGGGUGUGAGCAGCCAGUGCUCUGCCUCCUGCGGCCUUGGGGCGGGGGGUGGCCAGCAGCUUACGGCAGAAUGUAGUGUUCCAGGGUAUGAGAAUCCAGAAUUCUUCCCCAGGUUCAGUGCUUUAUAGUUAGGAACAUUUCACAGCAACAAUUUCAGUGAACUUCUCUCCAGCUAACCUGGUGCACUGGGCAGCAAUUAUGUGGGUGAUAAAGCUCUGAGAGUUGAUGUGAUAAGAUCACGUGGCAGUAAAUGGAGGAGUCCGGAUUUGAACCCAGACCUUUGUGCUUUCUCCUUCCCCCUUGAACAGCCGAAAAAAUCAAGGCAGAGAGAUCAGGUGGGGCUGUUCAAGCAUCUGUGCUGGCUGGAUGGUGCCGAGACUGCUAAGCUCCUCCUCUCUGGACGCUUCAGGAGCUACUUGUUAAACACUUUUAUUUAAAUAUAGUAAAUAGACAUUUCCAGUUAAAUGUGGCAGGUUUAAACAUGUGAGUUUGUUUCCUCUUAAAAUCUAAAAUGAUAGUAAAGAAAUUAAAAAUGAUGUAAAUGUACAAAGACAAAGAAAAUAGGAGGGAGACAGCACUAGACCAAAGAGCCUGACAACAUUCUGAAAGAUGGAAAGUGGAUAGAGGCUCAUUUACUCUCUUAGAGAAUUAGAAGUUGAAAUUAAGCGUUCCCUUCUUGGAGGGGCCAAGAGGCAGCCCGAUUACCCCCAGGAGCCCUGGAGAGGUUCACCGUGGAAGGCAAGGUUUGGGGCUGACAGUAGGGCCGGGACUGAUUCAAGGUCUCUAUGAGAAACAGCUAGGUUGCCCUGCCCCCCAGGACCCACCUGACCCCUCGCUACCCCCCUGGGGUGGAGGCGGGGGCUUUUCGAAGAAGCUUUGCAUCUCGGGGGGCCCUGGGGAGGGUGGGGGUGAGGGACUGGACCAAAAAUGGAGUUAAGUGAAAACCUACAAGUGCUGCUGGGGGAGGGGGGUAGUCCUUCAGUGACAUGGCAGGCUUGCCUUCCAAGAACCCGCAGAGAAGCCCACCCUUCUGACAGGCCCCGCCCAUGCCCACAAAGGUUUGAGCUGCUAAGACUUCUUUGUUUUUCUAAACAGCAUGCUCUAUUACUAUUUUUUAACUCUGUUAGGAACUUGGUGUACCUAUCACUUUGUGCCGUACAUAAGCAUUGGAAGACUUCUGUUUCCUCUACUGCUUUACCCCUCACCCUCCAGAAUAUCUUUUCUUGUUGUUUUUUUUUUAUAGUGAAAAGAUAAGGAAAUGUUUAUAAAAUAGAAACAACACCCUCCCCACCCCCAUUUAAGAAAUGGAUACUAUUUCCUUUGAGGUCCCUGCUGUGCCCCUCCCUGGUAGAGGAAACACUGUGCUGUCUUCAUCAUCCCCUUGCUUUGCCCUGUGAUUUUAUUAGCUAUGUUUGUACUGGUUUUGCAUGUUUUUGAAUUUUAUAUAAACGGAGCCACGCCAUGUUUAUUCUUCUGUGAUUCGCUUUUUCCUUCAAUAUUUCUAAGAUUUAUCCAAAUUAACGUGUGUGGCUGUAGAGCACUCCUUUUCCUUGCUGUAUAGUGAUCCAUUGAAUAUACCACAAUUUAUUUUUCUCUCUUGUCCCACUGAUCAUUUUAUCUACCCCUGUGUAUGAUUUCCUAAGAUCUACUUGGCCCUUGCUCUUCCAUAUAAAUUUUAGAAUCAGCUUGUCAAGUUCCACCAAUAAACCCCCCCCCCCCCCUUGAAAUUGUGACUGGAACCCAACUGAAUCUAUAGAUCAGUUUGGGGAAAAUCAACAUCCACAUGAAAUUGAAUUUUCCAGUUCGUGAACAUGGUGUAUCUCUCCAUGUAAUGUUUUCAAUAAAGUUAUGUAUGUUUUCUCGUAAA